AUGCUGCUGCUGCUGCUGCUGCUGCUGCUGCUGCUGCAGUGCGGCGGUACCCGUGGCCGCUGGCGUCUGCUGCUGCUGCUGCUGCAGUGGUGCGGCGGAACCAAAAGAAGCAGCAGCUGCAGCAAGACUACAGACUUUUGCGGCAGCAAUACCAGCAGCAAACAGCAAGCAAAAGCCUGGACGAGCUGCUGCACUGGCAGCUGCUGCUGCAGCAGCUGCCCAGAGACAGCAGCAGCAGCAGACACCGCCGCCGCUGCAGCAGCAGCGGCAGGGCCCGCGGGGUGUACAGACACUUCCAGCUGUCCAGACACCUCGUCAAAAAACUCCUCGACAAUAUGCUGCUUCCGGGCUGGACCAAAGCGGAGUGGUAAUUCUUUAUUUAUUUAUUUAUUUAUUAUUUAUUAUUUAUUUAUUUAUUUAUUUAUUUAUUUAUUUAUUUAUUUAUUAUUUAUUUAUUAUUUAUUUAUUCAUUUAUUCAUUAUUAUUAUUUAUUUAUUUAUUUUUUUAUUUUAG